CCAAAACUAAGAAAUAAAAAAUAAAAAAGUGUAAAAACCCAGAGCUCCAAUGCCUUGGAGUUCUUAAAAAGACUUGGUUUUUAUAGAUUUUGAAUAUUAUUGAAAAUCAAAGUCUGGGUUUUUUUUUGGGGGGCGGGGCUUUUAAAAAAUGGGGACAAAAACAUUAUUUGCAGCUGUUCUUAUUACAUGGUUGGCUGCUUUUCAAUGUUGUAAUGGACAUAAUUUUAAUUACAAAGAAGCCCUUACGAAAUCCCUAAUGUUCUUAGAAGCACAAAGAUCGGGUAAACUCCCUGCUGAUAAUAGAAUACAUUGGAGAGGAGAUUCUGCACUCGAUGAUGGAAAAGAAGCAAAUGUAGACCUUGUUGGAGGAUAUUACGAUGCCGGCGAUAACGUGAAAUACGGGAUGCCGAUGGCGUUUACGAUCACUACCUUGGCUUGGUCCGCCAUUGCUUACGAAAAGGAACUCAAAGCUGCAGGAGAAAUGGGAAACGUUCAUUCGGCAAUUCGUUGGGGUACUGAUUAUUUCCUCAAAUGUGGCAAAAAACGUGGCAUCUUCUAUGUUCAGGUUGGGGAUCCUGUAGAAGAUCAUAAAUGUUGGGUGAGACCAGAAACUAUGAAGACACCGAGGACUGUGUUGCAAAUUAAUGAGACCGUACCUGGGACAGAGAUUGCAGCUGAAACUUCAGCUGCAAUGGCUGCUUCUUCUAUUGUCUUUAGAUAUGUCGAUCCUCCUUAUGCACGUAGACUUCUUAACAAAGCCAAAUCGCUUUUCUACUUUGGUAAGAAGAACAAAGGAACUUUCGAUGGAGAAUGCCCCUUCUAUUGCUCUUUUUCUGGCUAUAAUGAUGAAUUGUUGUGGGCUGCAUCAUGGUUAUACACAGCCACACAAGAUCAGAAGUUUAGGAAGUUUAUAACAGAAGAUGCAGUGAGUGCAGUUGUGGAUGAGUUUAAUUGGGAUCUCAAAUAUGCUGGAAUCCAAGUCCUCCUUUCCGAUACUUUCCUUCAAAGCAAUGAUGAGGCUUUGAAAAUCUUCAAGGACCAUGCUGAUAGUUAUAUUUGCUCUGUGCUUCCUCAAAGUCCUUAUUUCAAAGUACCCAAGACUCCAGGUGGUUUGAUCCAUUUAAGAGAUGGAGCUAACCUCCAAUACGUUACCGGAGUUUCUUUCCUCUUCAGUAUCUACGGUGACUUGCUUCAACGUCACAACGUAAAGGUCAAAUGCGACUGCCAAGAGUUUGACGCCUCUACCAUCUUAAAUUUUGCUAAGCAACAAAUGGAUUACAUACUCGGGGCAAACCCACUAGGGAGAUCAUACAUGGUAGGGUUCGGGAACAAUCCACCAACACAAGCCCACCAUAGGGGUGCAUCGAUACCAUUAUCGGAAGCCAACGUGGACAUCAAUUGCGGCAUGAGUUUCGCCCGUUGGUUCAAUAAGAACUCACCGAACCCUAACGAGUUAACUGGCGCCAUCCUCGGUGGACCGGACAAGCAAGAUAAGUUUAGUGAUCUACGUUGGACGUCGAUCUACACCGAGCCAUGCACUUACGUUAACUCUUUAGCUGUGGCAGGUUUGGCAAAGCUUACUUGCCAUAAGUAAUAAACCAUAGUCUAUAAUUUUGUCAUUUGUAACUUAUUUUUACCAUGUAAGAUAAAAAAAUGGACCAAUUUACUGCAUGAAAUAUUGAACUUAUAUUGUGGUGCAUUCAACACAAUUUUUUUUUCUUUUUUUAACGUAGAGGGGAAAUGUAUUAAUAA